AAAGAAUAUGGCUGACAUUUCGAUUGAUAUCAAAUCACCAGAGAUACAACCUAAUAGUGAUACAUUAGCGAAUAAUGACAGAGCUCAUAACUUAUACAUGGGUAUAGCGGUGUUGAUCGUAUUUGCUGUCAGUUUAUUGAUCAUAAGUAUUGUUUCAUGUAUUUGUUUCCGUAAAAAAUCUAAACCCGAUAAUUCAUUGACAAUAACGAAAGUUAUGUAGAGGAUUAGAUUAUUUUUACAACAAUGAUUCUUUUGAAAAUAUCGC